AUGUCGAAGCCUCAAGAUACUCCAAUUGAUUCUAAGACUGUCGUCAAGAAAGGAGACAGCCUUGAAACCGAAGCGAAGCAUCUGACAGAUGAGCCCAUGACGAUUGAAUGGUCCCAGAUGUGGUUCAAGAGAUCCGAGACUUACUAUUACAUUGUGUUCAAGAACGCCACUCAAGGGCAUGAUCCUGGGCGCCUUUGGGUCAGUCAGAAGUCUCUCCAGUACUUCAAGCAUAACCCCGAAUCCAAAGACGGGAUCCUAGCCUUCAAGGUGGACGAAGAUUUUCAAUAUGGCCAAGAGAAUUCGGAGGGCAAGAAUCGCUUCCUCGUCUAUCAUGACAAGAACAAUACGCCUUAUCAAGUCAUCCUUGGUGCCAUUCAAAAUCAUGCUUUACUGACGGCACUCGGAGACAUCGUAAGCAGUAUCGGGCCGGGAAUCCUCAAGAAAGCGAGUGGCGAAGUGGAGAAUCAACUCCUGAAGAUUUUUGGCGACCCUCUCCACAACUUCUAG